AACUCCCUCAAGUACCAAUCCCCCAAGCACCACCAUCUCUUUGUAUCUAAUCUUCCUUGAGAGUUUUCUCCAUUCUCUCUUCUCUCUCAAAUGGGUAAUAGUACAAAGAGCCUUAGGAGUUGUUUCACUGUGAUAUUGUUUGUAAAACGUUUGGUGUCGAUGAUAGCUAAGCACAGCAGGCCAUGGCCUCCUUCAUUGCCACGGGAGCUUCAAUUCCUAGACGUGGCAGCUAGGCUUCGUGUUGACUCUGACACCAUUACCAUGGCCUCUACUGAUUUCGGCAAACUCAAUCGAGAGAUCCCUGCUGCGGUUCUUUGUCCCUUCUCUAAGGAUGACAUUGUGGCUCUCGUGAGAUCCUCUUACUCUUCUUCUUCUUCUGUUACUUUUAGUAUUGCAGCGAGGGGUGAGGGUCAUUCGCUGCGUGGACAAGCCAUGGCUCCAGGUGGAGUGGUUGUAGAUAUGAAAGCUAUGGGCAUUAACAGUGGAAGAAUUAGUGUAUGUGGUUCAGCUUUUUAUGCAGAUGUGGGAGGAGAACAGCUAUGGAUCGAUGUGUUGAAUGCGACCCUUGAGCACGGGGUUGCACCCAAGUCUUGGACGGACUAUUUGUAUCUUACCGUUGGGGGAACCCUCUCUAAUGCAGGCAUCAGUGGACAAUCCUUUCGCCAUGGCCCUCAGAUCAGCAACGUCCAAGAGUUGGACGUCGUUACUGGACGUGGUGAGGUGGUGACCUGCUCCAGGCACAUGAACUCGGAGUUGUUUUGCGCAGUACUGGGAGGACUUGGCCAGUUUGGGAUUAUCACCAGAGCAAGAAUUUCUCUAGAGCCGGCCCCAACCAGGGUGAAAUGGGUACGCAUGCUCUACCAUGAUUUCUCGGCUUUCACAAGAGACCAAGAGCAUUUGAUCUCAAUCAACCUUAAUGAAGGACAAGGGAUGGUGAAGGGAUUGGAUUACGUGGAAGGUUCAGUUACGUCCCAGCUGAGUCCUGCCAAUAAUUGGAGGUCAUCCUCAUUCUUCUCCAAGGCUGACCAUUCCAGAAUUUCUUCUCUUCUAGCAACCCAACAACAUGACAUCCUUUACUACUUAGAAGUGGCCAAAUAUUACGACCAUCUAACUGUUGAUACUGUUGAUGGGGAAUUAGAAGUGUUGCUCAGUGGGUUGAGCUUCAUUCCUGGACUCAUCUUUGCCAAAGAUGUAUCAUAUGUAGAUUUCCUGAAUAGGGUUCGAAGUGGUGAACUAAAGCUUCGUUCAAAAGGACAGUGGGAUGUUCCUCAUCCAUGGCUUAAUCUCUUCGUACCCAAAUCUCGAAUCUUGGACUUCGAUGCCGGUGUUUUCAAGGGCAUCCUUCGACAGAGCCCGAGCCUCGUCGGUCCCAUCCUUGUCUACCCCAUGCUUCGAAGCAAGUGGGAUGAUAGGAUGUCGGCAGUAAUUCCAGGUGAAGAUAUCUUUUAUUCUGUUGGAUUACUACAAUCAAUAAGUCCAAACGGAACAACACAGGAGUGUAGAGAAGAUCAUCAUCAUUUAGGCUUGGAGGAGCAGAACAGGAAGAUAUUAGAGUUUUGUGAAGAGGCUAGCAUUAAGGUGAAGCAAUAUCUUCCCAAUUAUAGAAGCAGGGCAGAGUGGAUGAAUCAUUUCGGUCCGAAAUGGGAGGUGUUCAAAGAAAGGAAAAAUAAUUUUGAUCCAUUAGCAAUACUCUCCCCAGGACAAAGGAUUUUUAAUUAAUUUCUAAGACCAGUGUUUUCAUCUUAAUAUUUGUAUCAGAGGACCAUAAUGAGUUCUUAUAAUGUUUAAUGGUUACUAGUUAAUUAGCUUCCCUUUA